AUGGUGCGAAGAAGAGUUCUAUGUAUCUGUGCUACAUGUGCCAAUGAUGGCUUUGUGAGGCUUCGGGGACUCCCGUUUGGAUGCACAAAGGAAGAAAUUGUUCAGUUCUUCUCAGGGUUGGAAAUCGUGCCAAAUGGGAUCACAUUACCUGUGGACCCAGAGGGCAAGAUUACAGGGGAGGCCUUCGUUCAGUUUGCCUCACAAGAGUUAGCUGAGAAAGCUCUAGGGAAGCACAAGGAGAGAAUAGGGCACAGGUAUAUCGAGGUGUUCAAGAGCAGUCAGGAGGAAGUUAGGUCAUACUCGGAUCCACCUCUGAAGUUCAUGUCUGUGCAGAGGCCUGGACCCUAUGACCGGCCUGGCACAGCCCGGAGGUACAUUGGCAUUGUAAAACAGGCAGGCUUGGAUAGGAUGAGGUCUGGUGCCUAUAGUGCAGGCUAUGGGGGCUAUGAAGAAUACAGUGGCCUCAGUGAUGGCUAUGGCUUCACCACUGACCUGUUUGGGAGAGACCUCAGCUACUGUCUCUCAGGAAUGUAUGACCACAGAUACGGAGACAGCGAGUUCACAGUGCAGAACACCACCGGCCACUGCGUCCACAUGAGAGGGCUGCCCUACAAAGCAACGGAGAACGACAUUUACAACUUCUCUCCACUCAACCCUGUAAGAGUUCAUAUUGAGAUUGGUCCUGAUGGAAGAGUGACGGGAGAAGCUGGUGUUGAGUUUGCCACCCAUGAAGAAGCAGUGGCAGCUAUGUCGAAGGACAGGGCCAACAUGUAG